AUGACAGCAUCCAACUACCAAGUCCUGAUCACUGGAGAGCAGGACAUCAAGACAGCUGAGAAGCGGCGCAGCGUCUAUCUCCGCCCAUUUUUGCUAUUUUGGCUCAACUCGCUGUUCGCCGAGGUUAUCUUUCUUGCAGUUGGAGUUUUUAUCAUGACCGGUACUCAAGACCUCUUCUACAAAGUUAUGUGGACACUGGUUUUCUGCCCCUUGGGCAUGGGUGGAGCAAUGGGAGGACUCAUCAACAUCUUCAUUGUCGACCACUACUACGGGAAAAAGGCAGCACAUUUCACGGGUAUUCUUUCGCUUCUUCUCCUUAGCACUUGCAACUACCUGUGCUAUUCCCUUGACCGACACUUCGGUUGGUUUGGUGCAGCAGAGCAUCCAAUGUGGUUUCAUUGGCGCUACCCUAUGAUUUGGGCAGUCGGUUACUACAAUGGUCUUCUUCUUUUCACCGACAAGGGGCAGAAGCGCCUGGCUUCGCUUGGCCUCUAA